AUGAAGCGCAAAGCGGACCGGAUGGCCGCCGUAGAUGUACUUCGGCCGCCCGAGCCGGUGGAUACGACCGACGGCCCUCUGAUCUACCAGGCCGCCGAGCCGGGCCCGUGCGUAAAGAGGAAUCAUGUGGAAUCUGAGCCUGAGUAUGGAUGGGUGAAGAGCCCGGUGCAGCUGGACAUGGACUCGACCCGCUCCACCCCUGAAUUCUCACUGGUGCUCGAUCUGGACGAGACGCUGGUGCACUGCUCGCUGACGCCGCUGGCGGACGCGUCGCUGAUGUUCCCCGUGACGUUUCAGAACAGUACUUAUGAGGUGUACGUCCGGAUACGGCCGCAUCUCCAUGAAUUCCUCGAGCGGCUGGCCCGUUCCUACGAGAUCAUCCUCUUCACCGCCAGCAAGCGGAUAUACGCCGAUAAAUUGAUGAACCUACUGGACCCUGGAAAGAAGCUAGUCCGGCAUCGGCUAUUCCGGGAGCAUUGUGUCAGCGUUUUUGGGAAUUAUGUCAAGGACCUCUCCAUCCUCGGCCGAGAUCUCUCCAAAACCAUCAUCAUUGACAACUCCCCACAAUCCUUUGCAUACCAGAUCGACAACGGCAUCCCGAUCGAGUCGUGGUUCCAAGACCAACGGGACACCGAGCUGCUGGCGCUGAUACCGUUUUUGGAGUAUAUGGCCGGAAGGCAACACGACGUGCGUGACGUACUGCGGGAUCGGUACCGUAUCCGCGAGAUGCUACCCCCGUCCGGCCAGGCGCUAUCUUCAGAAGUGGAGACU